GAGGAAUUAUUUUAUCAAAUAAAAGAAAUUAAACUACAAAAGCGGUGGCGCGCCGCUCUUCCCCGGCGGAUGCUGAUUGAAAAUAAGCUGUCGGAGCUAAUUAAUUAAUCCAUCAAAAUAUGGAGGCCGAUCCAGUGGUUCACAUGCCAUGUUCUUCCAUCGCAGUCGAUUCCGUAUUCCGUCUAGGCUCCGCUGGAGUUAUCUGGGGUGCUUGCUAUGGCCCUUUUGAUGCUAAAAGACUAGGUCUAUCUGGAAGCUACCGAGCAUCGCACGUUGCCAAGACUGUUGGCAAGUGCGGGUUUUAUUGCGGACUAUUUGCUGCAAUAUUUUCUUUUUCUCACUGUGGAAUGCAAAGAUAUCGGCGCCGGAAUGACUGGAUUAAUACUUUGUCGGCCGGUGUUAUUGCUGGGGCAGCUUUUGGUGCUGGAACCCGGAACUGGAAACAAGUCGCUGGUGUUACUGGGCUGGCUUGUACAUUGUUUCAGUUAGUUUUAGACUCAAAAUCUGUAUGAUGCUUAAUCUUCAAGAAGUCCAUAGAGGCAAGCAAAGCAAGUCAACAUGACUCUUAUAUUACUUUUA